UAUUGAUAUUCUGCAUAUUUGAGAAUCGGCAAAAUCAAGUUACAGACUGGACUGGCAUCAACUCAGUGUCGAUAAUCCGAUAAAAUCAUGAAACUCGUGUUCUGGGAGUCGCCACCCUUUUAGGCUUUCACAUUACCAAAACUCUUUCUCUGAACGCUUUUUGGAGUAUUUCGACAGUCAAGUCAUUGUUGUAUAUUAGACCACGAAACCUGGAACUAUAUAUCUAACAAAAAACUAACAAAACAUAAAUUAUCAUGGAUGGCAUUUUGGAACAAUCAUGGUGGUAUGCUAGUAUUAGAGUUGCAAUUUGUGGCGCUCUAGCAUUCGCUGCCUUCUUGCUUGGACUUGUUUCUUAUCGUCUCUGGUUCCACCCUCUCGCCGGAAUACCUGGCCCGUUCCUCCAACGCAUAUCGGGACUACCCAGGAUAUGGCAAUGCCGCCAAGGGAAUCGACACAUAUGUGAGAUCGAAGCUCACCGGAAGCACGGAAGCGUGGUACGCAUCGGACCCGACUCGCUCUCGUUCGAUACACUCUCAGCCCUCCAAACCAUCCAUGCGAAAUCCGCGAAUGUGUUCAAAGGCGACGAGUUCUACGGGCUUCUCGACGGUGGGGCCGAAGGUGGCCAAAGCAUCCAGAUGACACAAGACAGCGAGUCCCACGCAGCACGGCGCAGGGUGCUCGAUCGUAUGAUGCCUUCUCGGGAGAAAAGUUUCCAUAUUAUCAACGACCUUGCGCAGAAAUUCACGUCGGUCGUAUGGGAGGAUGCUGGCAGAAACGGUGGGCUUAUCGACGUCAACAACGCGGCAGCCUGGUAUGCGUUUGAUGUCAUCACCACUAUUGCCUUUGGGCGGUCAAUGGAUAUGCUCCGGUACGCCAAGUUCCGUUGGGUUCCAAUGUGUUUGCAAGAUGCUAGCCUGUUCCUGUACUGGAGCGGGUUCGCACGCUCCCUGCAAUUUUUCCGCCGGCUCCUAGGCUCGAGGUGGCCGUCGCGUCUGGGCAUGCGGUACGUAACAAACGUGCAGAGGUAUCAAAAUCUUGCCGAGAGCCAAGUAAACGAACGGGCCCAUAGAAUGGACGACGAGAAGGCCGGUGGCAACGAGCCAAGCGACAUAUUCGGAAAGCUUAUCAAGGCAGAUCUCUACAGCGAGAUUGAUCUGCGAGCCGAUAGCUCGCUACUUAUUGCGGCAGGAAGUGAUGCCGUACGGUUGACUAUACUCGCUACCCUUUUCUAUUGGGGCAGUCAUCCAGACGCGCUAGCAAAAGCGACAGAGGAGAUCAGGUCCAGCGCCGCAGACCCGGAACACAUCACAGACGCCACACUGGCGUCGCUCAAGUACCUGCGCGCGUGCAUCGACGAGACGAUGCGGCUUACACCACCCAAGCCGAGCAGCAUACCACGAGAAGUCAAUGCGGGGUCUAUCGUGGUGGACGGAGUAACGGUACCGGCAGGCAUGACGCUGGGGACGUCUACGUACGCACUGCACCGAAACCCGGGCAUCUACCCUUAUCCCCAUGAGUACCGCCCCGAGAGGUGGCUCGAACGACCGAUCGACCCAAGGAUGAUUGCUGCCUUUAGCCCUUUCCUGAAAGGUCCGCGGGCAUGCCCAGGGAAAAUGGUGGCCUACCAUGCAAUUCAAGCAGCGUUGUUUCAUAUAGUCUACAGGUAUGAUUUGAUUGUCAAGGAAUCAAGCUCUCGUAACAUGAGGGCAUCUUUGAACCGUGGGGGGACUAGGGGCGAUGAGUUUUUCAUUAAUGACUGGAUCAUUGGUUAUGCAGAUGGCCUUAAAGUUCAAUUACGUUUGAAGGAUUGAUAAGAUAAUUUUAGUGUGGAGUUUCAACAGAGUAAUGAUCUAUGAUAGGAAGC